AUGGUAGAAGAAGACGAGUCUGGAUGGAGAAUAUACCAAGAUGUCCGACUUGCUGGGAACCCUCUGUUUGGUGACUGUACUGCUGGGAGACUGGAGGUUCUUCACGGAGGGGUGUGGGGCGCGGUCUGUGAUGAUAUACUCGACAACAAAGUGGCUCAAGUCGUCUGUCGCUCCUUGGGAUAUCCAUGGUCGGAAGCUAUCGUCAUCCCUACAGAAAUCGUACCCAAAGGUUCUGGCUCUAUCCAUCUUGAAAACGUAGACUGCAUUGGCAACGAAAAUUCGAUAUUUGAAUGUUCUAGCUUAGGAUUAGGGAAUUCUGGCUGUACACACAAUGAAGACGGUGGUAUCUGGUGUGAUACUAAGUUUGCCAUCCGGCUGGCUGAUGGGAAUGCCACAAGCGGCCGUGUCGAAGUAUCCGUGGGCGGACUCUGGGGUGUGGUUUGUUAUGACGUGGGACACUGGUUUAACAAGGACUGGGACGAAAAUGCUGCAGAAGUCGCGUGUAGGAUGUUGGGAUAUGACGGACGAUCCCAAGCUGUAAGAGGGGAAACAUAUACCACGGGGCAUGGUUUAAUAUGGAUGAACAGUGUGAACUGUCAGGGAUCGGAGACGUCACUGGCUCACUGUCACCACUACGGAAUCGAAACAGCCACCUGCAAUACCGUAGCCAGAGUCCACUGCAACCUGGGCCUAUGACCAUAAACUGAAAUCAGUCAACAUUUCAAACCAUUAGUAUUUUUUGAAAUAAUUUUAAAAUUGAACUAAUUUUUUCAUUAUUCGUUUGAAUUUAAACGUUAUGCACAAUA